ACUACAAAUGUUACCAUGUCAAAGAAGAAUCCCUGCUCAGGUUCUGGAUGCUGCCAGACCUCGAUUCCCAAGGGUCUCAAGUCACUGAAUAUUACCAUUCAGAGCAUUCGCAACCACGCGGAUGUUUACGAAUUUAACCCUUGUGGCUUUGCAUUCCUUGAGGACAAAGACUCCCUUGACCUGUCGGAUUGGCCACUCUCUCGAACUCCAACAGAUUUUGAUACAUCAAAUGUUGUGAUCGAAUGGGUAGCUCAAAACGAGACAUGCGAAAAUGCUCCGGCCAAUAAGAGUUCGUAUGCUUGUGGCAUCAAUACAAAUUGCUGCUACUCCGAUAAUGGUCAAGGAUAUCGUUGCGCAUGCAAUGAAGGGUUCGAAGGAAACCCAUAUCUUGAAAAAGGAUGCCAAGAUAUUGAUGAGUGCAAGUAUCCUGAAACAUACACAUGUUAUGGUAAAUGCCACAACACCAUUGGGGAUUACGAAUGUAAAUGUUCUCUUGGCAUGCAUGGUGAUGGCAAAGUAGGUUGCAGUGGGUUUGGGAUCAUCACAAUUAUUAUUGCAGUUGUUGUUGGAGUGUUGUUACUGCUCAUUGGUGGUUGGUGGCUGUACAAAAUCAUGGAGAAAAGGAAGAGCAUAAAACUGAAACAGAAGUUUUUCAGACAGAAUGGUGGUCUCUUGUUACAGCAACAAUUAUCCUCAAGUGAUCAAGGUAUUUCCAAAACCAAAGUAUUCAGCUCAGAGGAGUUGGAAACUGCCACAGAUGGUUUCAAUGUGAACAGGAUACUUGGUCAAGGUGGCCAAGGUACCGUGUACAAAGGGAUGCUAGCAGAUGGAGUAAUUGUUGCUGUCAAAAGGUCCACAAUGGUGAGUGAAGAAAACCUUGAAGGAUUCAUCAACGAGGUCUGUAUUCUUUCACAAAUCAACCAAAGAAAUAUAGUCAGGAUACUUGGUUGCUGUUUGGAGGCAGAAGUUCCUCUUUUAGUUUAUGAAUUUAUUCCUAAUGGAACUCUUUACGAGUAUCUCCAUCGCCAAAAUGAGGAGUUCCCUUUAUCAUGGGAAAUGAGAUUACAGAUUGCUGCUGAAACUGCCGGAGCACUUUGCUAUCUUCACUCAGCAGCUUCCAUUCCAAUUUAUCAUCGAGAUAUAAAGUCCACCAACAUACUCUUAGAUAACAAGUAUCGCGCAAAGAUUGCCGAUUUCGGGACUUCAAGAUCACUCUCCGUUGAUCAAACUCAUUUGACGACUAAUGUGCAAGGCACCUUUGGUUACUUGGACCCAGAAUACUUUUGGUCCAGUCAGUAUACAGAUAAGAGUGAUGUCUAUAGUUUUGGAGUAGUUCUUGCUGAGCUCUUAACUAGACAAAAAGCAAUUCUUACAAACGAGUCACAAGAACGCAAAAACUUGGCUGCACAUUUUGUUCUUUUGAUGGAAGAGAACAGAAUUUUUGAUAUUGUUGAUGCUCAAAUUAAGGAGCACUGCCCCAAGGAGGAUGUCAUCGGUGUAGCUAAUAUUGCAAUGAGAUGCUUGAAUUUGAACGGAAAAAUGCGACCGACAAUGAAACAAGUCACAUCAGAGUUGGAGAGGAUCAUUCAAUUGUCACAAAAGAAGGACGUUCAACAAAAUAACGAAGAAGCUGAUCAGGGCAUCACGGCUGAAGUAAUCAGUGCGUGGGAUGAUGCUUCUACAUCAAUUACUUGCAGCAGUUUUCAAGUUGAUCAAGCUCUAUCAUCAUCUGAUGUCGAACCUUUGGUCCCUUUCAAGACUUGGUGAUCCAUUAAUAAGAAACCAAAUCACAAGAAGAAAUGGAGUGAUCUUGGUGUGCCUAGAAGGGACAUCUUUGAAUGCUUGAGUUUCUGGGUUGGGUCAUCCACUGAAGGAGAAUGGAAACUGGUUUGUUACAGUCCCUCCUCAGAUUGUUGCUAAUGGAGUCAAAGGCUGGGAUUAUUGUCUUGUAGGCUAAUUUAUGGGUAAAAGUCCCAAGCUCUCCUCUGUUUCUGUUAUGGCAAAUACCCUAUGGUGGCCGGAUGGUCCUGUUGAAGUUAAAGUUAUGUUCAAUCUUUUAA